CACACUCUGAAAAUUCUAAAAUCUCAAUCUUAGCAGUUCUUCUUAAUAUUUUUGUUUUCCUUUUAUAGAAGAUACCAGAUUAAUUUUGUGUCAAAUUAUGUUUUUCUUCUCUGGGUUUUAUAAUAGAAGUGGGGACUAAUCAACAACUUUAUUGAAGCCCUAAAAGGAGAAUUCUCUAAAUUUGUUAGUUUUCAGCUGUGGCUGUCCGUUUUCUGGGUCUUCUUCCGUUGAAUUUUCUUGUAGUAAUUGUCUUGGAUCUUUACUUUCUUCCUUGUUUCCGAUCUCUUUGUAUUUUUAGGAGUGAAGGGAAUUUCUUUCUGUUGGGCUAAUUCCUGUUUACCCUUUUUGAGAGUUAAUAAAAUUACAUUGCUGGUGGGCUUAUCCGCCAGAUGUACACACUCCCGGCUGUCGAUGUUUGUUAAGUUUUUAGCUUUGUUCAUUUGUUUUAUUAACAUAUAAAUAUUAACUACGAAAAUUAAGCGAAAAGCUUUGAAGGUUAUCUGAAGGGCAAGCGGAGGGGAUAGCUCAAAAUACUUAAGGCAGAAGCCAUCAGCUUGGAAGAACUGCACAUGGACAAGGGUGCUACACUUGAAGCUGGAGAUGGCAGAAAUAGCAUUGAUCUCGUGAAAUCAGCAGCCUCUGACAAACAUCUUGACCUUUUGAGGCCGUCAGCUCGAUAUUUUUCUGUGUCUAAAGGGCAAGGAAGUGAUGCAGAAGAUCGUGAGAAGGGAAAGUAUAUGUUGAUUAGAGAUGUAGAGGACCUUCAAACGGGGUUCUAUGAUAAACCUCUUCCUUGCUUUGGUUGUGGAGUCGGAUGGUUUUCAUUUCUACUGGGAUUUCUAUGCCCGUUGAUAUGGUAUUAUGCCACAAUACUUUACUUUGGAAACUACAACCGUAAGGAUCCUAGAGAACGUGCUGGGCUUGCUGCAUCUGCUAUUGCUGCAAUGGCGUGUUCUGUUGUGUUGCUAAUUAUAGCAGCAACUUUCUUCUUGUAGCUUCUGUGAUUCCAGUUUCAUACUAGCCAUAGCUAUUAUGACCCAAGAUAUGCAGAAUUUUGCUGUUGCUUGUUUGUAGUCAAUUCAAAAGCCAUUACUUGUGUCCAAACGCUCCAAAUUGUAAAUGCUCUUACGAAGAAAAAAAAACUUAUACACAACUUUACACAUGAAAAUCUAUACCUCCUUAUGUGUUC